ACUACUCUCACUUUUCCUAUAUUGUCCCAUUUUUCUUCUCUUCUUAAAUCUGUGUACUCUUCUUUCUGCCUUUAGCUUAUUAUUACAGCUCUCAACUCUCUAAUGGCAAAGAUUCAUACUACUCUAAACUCCACUAACAUGUUAAACUUUUCACUUUGAUCUGUUUUCUUCCAUAUAUUUGCCUUCUCCCCAAAUUUUUUUUCUUUCAUUUCAUCACUGAUAAAAAAUAUAUAGCUUCUCUACUUCCAUCACUCUUCAACCUUUAAUACAAAAAACAACACAUCAGAGUGUUGAGAUUCCCUUUGUUUUUGGAUUAUUUUUAUGAGAUUUUGAGAAAUGGUGGCUGAUUCUUGAAAAGUCUGUUUCUUUGGGAUUUUUCAAUUUUUAUUGAAUCACAAGUCACAUACUAAUUAAGGCCUCAGAGAUUUAGGUUCACCAGCAGAAUUUCAAGCUUUGAAGGAUGGGCAAAGGAAGAAAGGGAAAGAAGCAAUCUGUUCGUGAGGAUCUCGGAAGUGGUGAAGAAGAGAAAAUACAAGUCCGGAGAAGGGGAAGACCACAGAAGGCAUCAAAGGAUGAUGAAGAAGAACAAGCGGUGAAAGUAGAAGACGAAGAAAAUGACAGUGAGAAUACAAAAGGUACUGUCUUCAUUAAAGAUGUCAAGAACCAAUCCGCUGUGAAUGGAAAGAAGAGGAAGAGAACUUCACAAGUCAAGGAAGUAGUAGAUUCAGUGAAAGUGGAAAAUGGUGUUGGGACUAAGACUAACUCUAAUGACUUAAUAAAGUCGGUUGGAUUUAGACAAAACGGGAGUAGAAGGAAAAACAAACCUAGGCGAGCUGCUGAAGUUGGUGUAGAGUGCAGAUGAAUAGUUUUCUUUGCUAUGCUGAUUUAAUAUCUUUUCUUGUUUCUUGAAAUUUAGCUAAAAUUUUCAGAAGAACUGAAUUUUGGGUGGAUUUCUCCGGCAAAUUCUAGUAGUCUUCAAUGUGCUUCUGCUGCGAAUCGCUUAGCAAGUUCCCUUGUUUUGCAUAUGUUAUGGAAAACUAAACCAUAUUUGCCCAUGUACUCUAAUCUUAGUCGUAUUUGAUUUUAUAUGUAUGACCCUCCUUUGGUUUUGAAUCUCUA